AUGCUAGAUGGAGCCUGGACAGCCGUCGCAUACUUACCACAUCAGACUUCCAACUGCGUUAACAGUUUGGUCACUAUUAAACACAGCAUGUGUGCAUGUGUACAUGUGCAAUGGCCAAAGCAUCCUUCCAAGGGCAUUUCUUUUACCAAAGAUGGGAAAUUUGCGGCAAUUUGCGCAAGGCGUGAUUGCAAGGACUACAUUAAUCUUCUGUCUUGUCAUACAUGGGAGAUAAUGGGUGUAUUUGCAGUGGACACGUUGGAAUUGUCUGAUACUGAAUGGUCACCAGAUGACAGUGCAAUAGUGAUAUGGGAUUCGCCUCUCGAAUAUAAGGUUCAAAUGUACUCCCCAGAUGGGAGGUGCCUAUAUAAGUAUCAAGCAUAUGAAAGUGGAUUGGGCGUAAAAAGUGUUUCAUGGUCUCCUUGUGGCCAGUUUCUAGCAGUGGGUAGUUAUGACAAGAUGUUGCGGGUUUUGAAUCACCUGACUUGGAAGAUUUUUGCUGAAUUUAUGCAUCUAUCUACUGUCCGUGCUCCCUGUUGUGCUGCUGUUUUUAAGGAAGUAGAUGAGCCACUGCUGCUUGAUAAGUCCGAGUUAUGUUUAAGUGAUGAUUUUGCACAAGGCAAUGAUGGACAUUUCAGAGUUAGGUACGAGGUUACAGAAGUGCCCAUUAGUUUGCCUUUCCAGAAGCCUCCUGCAGACAAACCUAACCCCAAACAAGGAAUUGGACGGACGUCUUCAUUCAAGCUUGCCACUAUCUUGGUGCAGAAAGAUCCAAUUCGAGCAGCAGUUUGGGACCCUAUGUGCACGCGUCUCGUUGUUUGCACUGGAAGCUCAUAUUUGUACAUGUGGACUCCUGCGGGUGCUUACUGUGUGAGUAUCCCGCUACCACAGUUUAGCAUAGUCGAUUUAAAAUGGAAUUCGGAUGGAAGCUGUCUUCUCCUGAAGGAUAAAGAGUCGUUUUGCUGCGCUGCUGUUGCUGUACUUCCAGAAUCCAGUGAAUAUAGCUCAGAUGAUUGA